AACACUAUGGCUGACGAAGUGACUAAAGCACAGACAGCACAUCCAUCCGGUGACACAAUAUUUGGAAAAAUCUUAAGGAAAGAGAUACCAACUAAUUUCAUCUAUGAAGACAACAAGUGUGUGGCCUUCAAUGACGUGUCACCGACGGCUCCGACACACUUUCUGGUGAUUCCUCGCAAACCCAUUACUGGUUUAUCUGCCGCUCAGGAGGAAGACAAAGAGAUAUUAGGACAUUUGAUGUUUGUGGCGACAGUUGUGGCCAAACAACAGGGAUUACAGGAUGGAUAUAGAGUUGUCGUCAACAAUGGUCCCAAUGGUUGUCAAUCUGUUUAUCACUUACAUCUGCAUGUCAUCGGCGGACGACAACUUGGAUGGCCUCCGGGCUAAUAGUCAUAAGCAUUGUUCGCCAAUUUGUUGCCAUUUAUUGGAAUUAAAUGGCAUUUAUUAGAUAAUUAACA